CACGCAUCUACUCUUGCCUGAGCAACCCUCACUCCCAUUGUAUUCUUCUUCACCAACGCGUGCGCAUACCGACGUGGAGGACGUCGACGAAGGCUCUUGUUAAAUCGAGAAGAGGGAGAUGGGGAAGAGUGGUUCCCGAUGAGCGAGCACUCCCGCUGUGUCACUGCGCCCCCGCGAUGACCUCGCGCUCCUCUUACCGCUAGCCAUACCCACUCUCGCUCGCCUCACUCCCACCCGUCACACGGGAAGUUCCAACAACCAUGGCUACAACAGUAGUCACUCGGCCUGCGCAAGCCCUUCGCAACCGCCGCGACGGCCCCCGACCAGCGUCCAUCUCCAAGCGGCAGAAUGCCAUGGAAGCGGCCACGGAGCAGAGCAACAAACGGCGCAAGCUGAACGAACCCUUCGUCCGCGACUCGCAGUACAUCUUGGACAAGUUCUACGGCAAGCAGCCAUCGCUCACCAUCCACCUCUACGAUGCGACGUUCCGCUUUGAAGGCCAGGACGUCAGCUGGACCUACGACUCCCCCAUGAAGUGCGUCCUUCGCCAUUUGAAGCAUCAGACCGUGCCGCAUGAGAUGAUGGAAGAGCUGCUGUCGGGUGCCAUUCAGUGGUAUGAUGGUUGCCUGAUUGUCGAGGUACACAACCACCGCGCCAAGGCGGGCAAGGAGAAGGGCAGGAAAGACUUGACGGCGAAUGAUGGAAAUCUCAAGUUUGGCAUGCACAACUAUACUCAACAUGUUACCCCAUCUCCUAUGGUCGCAUAUCCGAGCAAAGCGAUCACGGACCAGGCGCUAGAGCUGGAGAGUGCAGACAGCCACGGCGGGAACAUGGCGGCACCCGAAAGACCAAGGGACAAGGAUGGACCCAGUGUUGUCACCGUGGUCAUGCACCCGACGCCUCUAUCACAACAUGCAGAGAUGAUGAUCCUCAUGAAGACUCCCGCGGAUCAGAUGCGAAGUAACAAGAAGAGAGGCGCUGAUGGUGCUCCCACCGCAGCCCCGCCCACUCCCCAGAUGUUCGCACCUCCGACCCCCCUGACGCAGACCUCACGUGGCCCCGUCACCCAGUCGCAGAAGAUGUGUCUGGAGGAUGGCGAUCUAUAUUCGUUCCAAGCGGAUCUGCUGGUUGCAACGGAACCGCCUCUCUACCUCGAACCUGUCGACAAUCCGCAAGACGCGGAGAGGGUGCUCGAUAUGCUUCAACACCCUCUCCACCAAGCUCAGCCACCUUCUUCGAAGACUCGUAAGAGGACUACCGCGGAAGUGGCGGCUGACGAUGCGCAAGCAGCCGAGAGUGAGCGCAGGCUGCUCAUCAUGGACGAGCGCCUCAAACCAACCACCGCUGGUGCAGUUGCAAAUGAGAAUCAAAACGCCGCUGCUUCUCUUGGCUUCUCCCGAUUCAAGACCAUCGAAAUGGUGCGACAGAAGCACGAGGAAGCCGAUCGUGCCAAGAAAGAGGAGGAGGCGCGGCUGGCGUUGGAGAAGAGGCAAGCGGAGGAGCAGAAUGCCAUUCAGCAGAAGAAUGAGCAACUGGCGCAGAGACAACGACAGUUGCAGAUCUUGGCGGCGCAGCAAGCCGCGCAGCAGCAACAACCGAACCAGGCCAACAUCGCCCUCAUGCGACAGGAACAGUUCCGCCAGCAACAAGCUGCUAGAGCGCAACAGCAGGCACUUAUGAAUCAAGCCCACGGUCAUCCACAGCAGAACGGGAUGAUGCCGAACGGACAGCAGGGCUUCCAGCAAGGAAACCAGGGUGCGGCAACACAGUCAAGCCCUGUAGUAAGGAAUCAGACGCCGAUGAUCCACUCGUCGCCAAUGACGGCACAAGGCGGCUUCCCGAUGGCGCAGACGUCUAGCCAAGGUGGCGGCAGCCCUCAACGCCCGACUUCUGGCGCGAUGGCGAACCCCAUGAUCCGACAGGCCAGUCAACAACAUCAGGGCAGUCGCAACAACACCCCGCAAAUGCCGCAGGGCACACCGGCGAUGGCGCAAGCCAUGCCUCGACAGAUGAGCCAGACGCCACGCAUGCAACCUGGCAGCCCCGGAUCGGUGAUGCAACAAGGCACGCCAAACAUGCCGAUGGGGAUGCAGACACCACAAAUGGGCAAUCAAAGUCAAUUGACGCCCGAGCAGAUGCAGAUUUUGCGUGCACAGCAACAUGCCAUGCAGCAGGGACAAGCGAACGGGGCGUCGCAAGUUGCACAGUUCAAUCCCGAGCAGCUGUCACUUCUCAAGAAUAUCACUCAGCAGCAUAGUGCGAUGAACCUGCAGUUGAGCAACGCUAUGAACGCGGCUCGCCAGGCGGGAAACCAGCAAGCGGCCCAGACUUACUACAAUAGAAUCCAGCAAAACUCCGCUCAACUGAAGGCUAAGCAGGCUCAGGUGAUUGCCAGUUUCCAACAGCAACAACAGCAACAGCACCAGAUGAAUGCUGCGAACCAGAUGGGCAACGCCGGAGGUGGUCAGGCCGGCAGUCCGGGAGGCAUGCAGCAACCUACGCCUCAAAUGGGCCACGCACACCCCCAGCAAGCGGGAGGAGACCCAAACCAAAUGUCCCCGAUGCAGUUUGCGAGUGCGCAAGCCAAAGCGCAGCAGCUCGCCGCCAUGCGGCAAUCGGCGCAACUCUCGCACGCGCAACAGCAACUCCAGGGCCUGGCGCAGCAAUACAGCGGGCUGAACAACGUGCCGCCUCAGAUUAUUCAAUCGCUUCCCCCGGCCGCCCAGCAGCUCCUGAAGCAGCAAAUGCUGCGCCAACAAAACGCCCGCCAACAACAGGCUUUUCGCGCGCAGGCUGCCCAACAGCAGCAACAGCAGAAUGGAGGCAGCAACGCCACCGCCGCCGGCGGCAACCACGAACAAGUCCCCGGCUCCCAACCAAAUCCGCAAUAUAUGCAGCAACUGCGCCAGAACCAAGCCAUGCUGGCGCAGAUGCAGAGCCAGCAGGCGCAGCAGCAGCUUCGGCAGCAGCAGCAGCAGCAGCAGCAGGGAGGCGGCGGCGGGAUGGGAUUCAAUAUGCCGAAUGGAGGGAGUUUUGGCGCGGGCACGCCGGAUGGGAGUGGGGAUGGUGGUGGUGGUGCGGGAGGGUUGGGGCCGCAAUUUGCUGCUAUGGCUAAUGCGGUUAAUCGGGGGAAUUCUGGAGGGCAGCAGGGGCAGGGACAGUAGAGUUGGGUCGUGCGGAGUGUGGUUUGCAUGUGUGAUAGGGAGGUGCUGCAGAAUGACUGGAAGAGGAGGGAUGUUUUGAUUGCUUUCUGGUUGAAGAAUGGGUGCGCGGGUGCGCGGGUAAUGUUUACACCUCGCUACGGUGUGUGUGUUAGUAUUGAGACGUUAGAAUGAAUUGUACUUUCUGAAACACGG